AACAAGUAGUAACACCCACGAUUACACGUAGUUAGAGUAUGAGUAAUUUAAACAGUUUCAAAAUUUGUACAGUUAAUUUAAAAAACAUAAAUAAGCCAUUGUUAUGAAGUUCUAACCUUUAAUUUUAAGUUUACCUACUACAGUUGUUUGUAUUGCCGUUUAGGCCGUUUUAAAAUGUACAGGUACCUCAAAAAAGUGUAUUUAGCGGCGGACGUGUACGCAAUAUGUUUGCAGCACGCCCUGACGACCGAAAAACAAGAAAUAAUGGGCCUACUAAUCGGAGAAGUGAACGAGGAGGAGCGAAUCUCCCACAUAGAGGCGUGCGUGAUUCUGCACAGGAGCGACAAACAGCCGGACAGGGUGGAAAUAUCGCCUGAACAACUGUGCACAGCCUCCGAACAUGCUGACUAUCUGGCUAGAAAGCUGAAGAAACCGAUGAGGGUGCUGGGAUGGUACCACUCCCAUCCGCACAUCACCGUGUGUCCCAGCCACGUUGAUAUAGGCACUCAAGAUACGUAUCAGCUGAUGGACCCUUUGUUUGUUGGCCUUAUAUUCUCUGUGUAUCACAGCGACUCAGGCUCAAAAACAAAUCAAAUACAACUAAUUUGCUUCCAAUCUGGUAAGAACUUAAAACAAGAACUUGAACACAAGGAAAUCGAACUGGUGAUCAAUAAGGCUCCACUUCAUGAUUACAACAUGGCAGGUAUAACUAAUCUGUCGAAAAUUCUAAUACAAGAAGAGGUCGACUCUUAUGUAGAAGAUGAUAAUCAGGAUGAGCUGGCGGCUUUGCAUAACGAUGCUUUUAAGACGCUGGCGUUGGUUCACAUUGUGUCCAAAGUGGCCAGACCUUUGUGUGAUGAUUUGGAAGAGAGACUGAAGGCUACUAAGAUAAGGAUUGAUGAGCUACUGAAAUUGAAGCAGCAACUCGAAGAAACAUAAACAUUAUAAUAUUGUAGACUGAUCCUAAUGUAAAUAAUGUAUGUGUUAAGAGUAAUAUUUCUGUUUGUCACUUGUUUAAAUAUAUUUUUAUUGUAUAAA